GGCCAAAUCGUGUUGUUGACUGGCUCCACCCGACGAUCCAGCAAACCCCCUUAACCGCCGUCCAGUAAACAACAACAUCAACUAUUAUUCAUUCUUCAGCCAAUCAGACAUUCAUUGCUCCUUUGACUUUUAGUUUGACAUUUCCCUUGAUCACACCGAAGAAUUUUCUCAGUUGAUUCUGACCAUUUGCAGUUAAUCAGAAGUUGAAGGAUUGUUAUUAUGCCGUGGAAUCUAUCGUUUUUGAAGAAUAUGUUUCAGAACGGGCAGGAUGGCAGAGUCAGAGAAGUUGAUCUCGGGGCCUUCUACAUCAAAUCUCAUGGAACUAAACUCGCGAAAAGUCACAAGCACGAUUGGCUUAUCCUCGUGCUACUCGCAUUUAUAGAAAUCGGUUUAAACAUCAUACACCCGUUUUACCGGUUUGUCGGCAAAGAUAUGAUGACAGAUCUUAAAUAUCCAAUGAAGAGUAACACUGUUCCCGUAUGGUCUGUUCCUAUUUACGCUGUAUUGCUGCCUAUUGUCGUUUUCACGUUCUUUUAUUUUAGGAGGAGAGAUGUUCAUGAUCUGCACCAUGCCAUUUUAGGUCUCUUGUUUUCCGUUCUUAUAACCGGAGUCAUAACAGAUGCUAUAAAAGAUGGAGUUGGACGUCCACGACCUGAUUUCUUCUGGCGAUGCUUUCCAGACGGAAUAGACAACUAUGACAAAUGGGGUGAUGUCAUAUGUCAUGGUGAUGACAAGGAUAUACGAGAAGGCCAUAAGAGUUUCCCGAGUGGCCAUACUUCAUGGUCUUUUGCAGGUCUUGGGUUUUUGGCAUUGUAUAUGGCGGGAAAAAUUAAAGUGUUUGAUCGUCGGGGGCAUGUAGCGAAACUAUGCAUUCUCUUUCUUCCUUUGCUUAUGGCAUCUCUUGUUGGAGUUUCACGCGUGUCUGAUUACUGGCACCACUGGCAAGAUGUGUUUGCCGGCGGCAUUUUAGGUUUAGUUGUUGCCACAAUGUGCUAUCUGCAAUUUUUUCCAGCUCCUUAUCAUUCUGAAGGGUGGGGUCCAUAUGCGUAUUUCCGAGCAUUAGAAGAGACGAAUUCCCGUUCAACAGUAGGUCACCCUGCGGAUGGGGUCCAUAUGCAACCGAUUGAGAUUCAGGAUUUCAAUCAACAGUCAAGGCGAAAUGGGACGUUCAGACAGGUAUCGCUCUCUGACCCGAUGCAAGAUGUAGAGGCGGGAAAAAUGUGACCAUUGCGUAAUCUUUUUAUUCAUGUUAUUAGGCGUUUUGAUCACAUUUGUUUGUUUGUUCAUAAAGCUGCCAAUUCCUGUAUAGAUUUCAUCUAAUCUCUGUACUCUAGUUGAGGUAAAACUUAUGGCAUUGUCAUCUUCUUUAUGCUGUACUUUUGUUGCUAGCGUGCGUGGAAAUAGUUGUUCA